AUGGACAACCCCUCUACUGAUGCUCGCGCGCAAUUUCCGUCGCAUUAUGAGCCCCGAGUAUGGUUGAUCACCGCGGGAGAUUCGCCGAUCGGUCUCUCAGUUGCGCGGCAGGUCCUCGCGCAUGGAGAUUAUGCCUUUCUUGGACUGGCACACACAGCUCUGGAACGAGAUGAGCGUCGUCGCGAGGAAUUCGAUGCUUUCCUAGCAGAAGUUGCGCAACAUCACGCUGAUGGGUGGGCGCAGCGCAUCAAAACCGUCCCACUCGAUAUCCGAAUGAUGGGUGAAUGCCAAGCAGUGGUGGCAGAUGCAGUCGCAACGUUUGGAAAGGUCGAUAUACUUCUUUGCUGCACAAGUCAGAGUACGUUUCAAUCUAUAGCGUUGUCCCGAAGGCUGCUGACCUCGAAUCAAGCUCUUAUCGGCACAGUGGAAGAACUUGCAGCUUCCACCCAGACCCAAAAUCUUGUGCGCGACCAAUUCGAGGUGAACUAUUUUGGUCCUCUGAAUAUCAUCAAGGCCGCACUUCCACACAUGCGGAGAGAGCGAUCAGGCCAUGUGAUGAUCAUAUCAGGAAUCACGGCGCAUAUCGGCACGCCUGGACUAGGGAUGUAUUGCGCAGCAGGUUGGGCCCUCGAAGGGUUCUGUGAUAGCCUGGCAUAUGAAAUAGCCCCAUUCAACAUCAAGCUCACAAUCCUGCAAUGCAGCAUCGAGAUUGGCAUUCUUACAAACCUGGUCACCAGCGUCCCUCCAAUCUUCCCCGCCUACUCACCCGCCAACAAUCAAGCUCCCCUCUUCCGCGGGAUCCUCAACCAUCUAGUCCCACAACUUCCCGACGCUGCUGCAUCUGGUAGUCCAGCCACACCCAGUCGAGCGCAUGAUGAAAAUAGUCGAGUCAGCUCCAUCGAGAAUGGCCCGUUCUCUGCGCCCGAGGUCGUCUCCAUGCAUCCACCCUUGAGCUCCGCGCAUCUUGAGGUGCUGGUGGAGGAAACAGUCUAUGCCAUCACGUCGAUAGGUGGGCAUGAAAAUCCCCCUUCUCGCCAUAUUGUUGGGCAGGAGGGUGUGGCUAGUGUGAAGGAAAAGCUCAAAACAGUCAGCGAGGAGCUCGAGGAUUUCAUUCAAGCUAGCUUUGCUGUUGAUGUAGUUGCGGACUCGGAUCCCAUGCCUCCCAUGUCUGAAAUGCAUGGAGGAUAUUAG